UAGGCUGUGCAGAACAGUAUCAAACAUGAAUAACCACAUGAAUGGAGAAAUCAACUGCGAUUACAGAACCAGCUACAGUAAUGGCACAAUGGAGAUGAAAAAGUCUUUGGUUCAACAAGACGUGAAUCAACGCAAGAAGGAGCAACAUGACCAGGGCAAGCUGCCGGCUUUAGCUAAUGCAUAUACCAACAUCCUCAGAGAACUGGGGGAGAAUCCAGACAGGGAAGGAUUGCUCAAUACCCCCCAAAGGGCUGCCAAAGCUAUGCAGUAUUUCACCAAAGGAUAUCAAGAGACUGUUCCUGAUAUACUCAACAAUGCCAUAUUUGAUGAAAACCAUGAUGAAAUUGUCAUUGUGAAAGAUAUUGAUGUCUUUUCGCUCUGUGAACACCACUUGGUGCCAUUUUUUGGCAAGGUUCACAUUGGCUAUUUACCAAAUAAAAAAGUUGUCGGACUGAGCAAACUGGCAAGAAUUGUUGAAAUCUUCAGCCGGAGACUACAAGUUCAGGAGCGUCUCACAAAACAAAUUGCCCUAGCAAUUAAUGAGGCUCUGCAACCAAUGGGAGUGGCUGUUGUCAUUGAAGCAUCGCACAUGUGUAUGGUAAUGAGAGGGGUGCAGAAGAUAAAUAGCAGAACUAUAACUAGCACAAUGCACGGAAUCUUCAGAGAUGACCCCAAGACAAGGGAAGAAUUCCUUUCACUGAUCAAACAAUAACCAACUACCACUACAAUGCAAAGUAUUGUAUGAAACACAAUGAAUAUGCAAGAUGUAUUAUGCCUUAACAAAUGGUGCUCUACAAUUUUUUUUUUCUUGUUUUAAGUAUAAUAAAAACUAAUAAUAUUGAGGCCGAUUCUGAUUUGGAAGUAAAACAAAAACGCAAGUAACUUUGUAUUUGAAACAAACCAUGUUGCAAUGCAAGGGGAGCAGAUACAGUUAUAUAUUUUCUGUGCAGGGUAAAUGCUGGCUGCUUUUGCAUGUAACCCACACGUUAGCUUUAUUUUUACACUGCAAUUUGGAUUUCACUUUGGACACACCCAAAUCUAAGGGGGACAUGUACUAAGCAGUGAUAAAAG